CCAAAACCCAAACGCUAGACGACUCGACGCUCCUGAAGCCGAGCUCCCUAGCCGGCUUGGCUAGCUCAGCUCCCCAAUCCAAUCCGCCGCGCCAUGGCCGCCACUCCGCUCCCCGUCACCUCCCCGCCUCCUCCGCCGCACCCGCCCACCGCCGCCACCAUUCGCUCUCUCACCGUCGCGGGCGACCACGCCGCCGCCCUCCGCGCGCUCUCCUCCCUGUCGGCGGCCUCGCCCUCCGCGCCGCUCGACCGCUUCGCGCUCCCGCCCGCCGCCAAGUCCGCCGCUGCGCUCCGCUCCCUCCCGGCCGUCCGCGCCAUCCACGGCGCCGCGCUGCGCCGCCACCUCCUCGACGGCCCCACCCCGGCCGUCGCCAACGCGCUCCUCACCGCCUACGCCCGGUGCGGCGACCUCCCCGCCACUCUCGCGCUCUUCGCCGCGAUGCCCGCCCGCGACGCCGUCACCUUCAACUCCCUCAUCGCCGCGCUCUGCCUCUUCCGCCGCUGGCUCCCGGCGCUCGACGCGCUCCGCGACAUGGUCCUGGACGGCCACCCGCUCACCUCGUUCACGCUCGUCAGCGUCCUACUCGCGUGCUCCCACCUCGCCGAGAACCCGCGCCUCGGCCGCGAGGCGCACGCGUUCGCUCUCAAGGGCGGGCUCCUGGACGGCGACGAACGGUUCGCGUUCAACGCGCUGCUCUCCAUGUACGCGCGCCUCGGCCUGGUCGACGACGCGCGGCGGCUCUUCGGCUCCGUCGGCGCCGCCGACGCGCCAGGUGGCGGCCUCGUCACGUGGAACACCAUGGCCAGCCUGUUGGUGCAGAGUGGCCGCUGUGCUGAGGCCGUCGACGUGCUCUACGACAUGGUCGCGCGCGGCGUGCGCCCCGACGGCGUCACGUUCGCGAGCGCGCUCCCGGCGUGUUCGCAACUGGAGUUGCUCUCCGUCGGCAAGGAGAUGCAUGCUUACGUCCUCAAGGACGCCGACCUCGCUGCCAACUCGUUCGUCGCCAGCGCGCUCGUGGACAUGUACGCGAGCCACGAGCGGGUGGACGCGGCCAGGCGGGUGUUCGACAUGGUCCCGGGUGGCGACCGUCAGCUCGGGCUCUGGAACGCCAUGAUCUGCGGGUACGCGCAGGCCGGCAAGGACGAGGACGCGCUGGAGCUCUUCUCCCGGAUGGAGGCCGAGGCCGGCGUCGUACCCAGCGAGACCACCAUGGCGGGUGUGCUGCCCGCGUGCGCACGCUCAGAGGCCUUCGCCGGCAAGGAGGCGGUCCACGGGUACGUCGUGAAGCGCGACAUGGCAGAGAACCGGUUCGUGCAGAACGCGCUCAUGGACAUGUACGCGCGCCUCGGCGACAUGGACGCGGCGCGGCAGAUCUUCGCCGCGAUCGAGCCCCGCGACGUGGUCUCUUGGAACACCCUCAUCACCGGCUGCGUCGUACAGGGCCACAUCAGCGACGCGUUCCAGCUGGUCCGGGAGAUGCAGCAGCAAGGGAGAUACACUGAUGCGGCAACAGAAGACGGCAUCGCCAGAGCAGACGAAGAGCCGGUGAUGCCCAACAACAUCACACUCAUGACCCUGCUCCCUGCAUGCGCGAUGCUCGCGGCGCCAGCAAGGGGGAAGGAGAUCCACGGCUACGCGGUGCGUCACGCCUGGGACUCGGACGUCGCCGUCGGCAGCGCGCUGGUGGACAUGUACGCCAAGGGCGGUUGCCUGGCACUGUCCAGGGCCGUGUUCGACCGGCUCCCAAGAAGGAACGUCAUCACCUGGAACGUUCUAAUCAUGGCCUACGGCAUGCACGGGCUCGGCGACGAGGCCAUCUUGCUAUUCGACCGAAUGGUUGCGAGCGACGAGGCCAAGCCCAACGAGGUCACCUUCAUCGCCGCGCUAGCAGCCUGCAGCCACUCGGGCAUGGUGGACCGCGGCCUGGAGCUGUUCCAUAGCAUGAAGAGGGACCACGGUGUCGAGCCAACACCGGACCUUCACGCCUGCGCCGUUGACAUUCUCGGUCGGGCUGGCAGGCUGGACGAGGCCUACAGCAUCAUCAGCUCAAUGGAGCCAGGAGAGCAGCAGGUGUCCGCGUGGAGCAGCUUCCUCGGAGCGUGCCGGGUGCACCGGAACGUCCAGCUCGGCGAGAUCGCCGCCGAGCGGCUGUUCGAGCUGGAGCCCGACGAGGCCAGCCACUACGUGCUCCUGUGCAACAUCUACUCCGCGGCCGGCCUAUGGGACAAGUCAUCGGAGGUGAGGGGCCGGAUGCGGCAGAGGGGCGUCAGCAAGGAACCCGGCUGCAGCUGGAUCGAGGUCGACGGCGCGAUCCACAGGUUCAUGGCGGGCGAGUCCGCGCACCCGGAGAGCGCGCUGGUGCACGCGCACAUGGACGCACUCUGGGAGCGGAUGCGGGGGCAAGGGUACACGCCGGACACCUCGUGCGUGCUCCACGACAUCGAGGAGGGCGAGAAGGCGGCCAUCCUCCGGUACCACAGCGAGAAGCUCGCCGUCGCCUUCGGGCUGCUGCGGACGCCGCCGGGCGCCGCCAUCAGGGUGGCCAAGAACCUGAGGGUGUGCAACGACUGCCACGAGGCGGCCAAGUUCAUCUCCAAGAUGGCCGGGAGGGAGAUCGUGCUGAGGGAUGUGAGGAGAUUCCACCAUUUCGUGGACGGCGCCUGCUCCUGCGGGGAUUACUGGUAGAGAAAAUCGCAUAUUGCCACGGUGCCUAACAAAUUGUUUAGCUCAUACAGGAAACAGAGAUUAUUGUUACAUGCCCCUGAAGUCUCUCUGGCUUUUGGAAUGAACUGUCUAAUCAGCCCGGUCACCACCUACAUUUAAGGAGGACGGAAUGGGGAACCAUUCUACGACCUACUGAUCUGAAAAUGGAACUUCUACUGAGAUACUGAGUGCAUGGAUGUUUCCAAACAUAGGAUUGAUGGAAUGGUAGUAGUGACAGUAAAGCUGACGGAAAUAACCCGAAAGCAACAAGACAACCCACAGCGCAGAAUAAUCCUCUCAGUCUCAAUCUCGGAUAAUGAACAGUCUGCCACCCCUGACGGCCUGAACUCGCUGAGAAGAAGCCCCGGACAACGGAUCAAAAUCCACGAGAGAAACAAUAAAGCAAGCAAAAGGAUCGCACUGAAACAGCAAACACACUUGAUAGUUGACACUCCCUUACUGUUAUUUCUAUCCCGCGUUGAAACCCGAUCGAAGGAACCCAGCGGCUUAUCGCAGAGCAGAACCGUGCCAAACCGGACCAAUCGAAGGAGCUCAGCGGCUUAGCGCGGAGCAGAACUGUGCCAAACCGGAGAAGCGGGAGCAGGAUUUAUGUUGGUUACCUAUGGUUCGACUUCCGGCGCCUCCGAUGUCCGAUCCUUUCCUGUUUCCCCUUCGACGCGGAACCGGGGCGCAGGGAGGAGGAGGGUGAGGUGGGGAGAAGGAACGCAGGGAAGUUUCACGCUCACGGGGUCUUCGGCGCAUGAUGGUGGUGGUCGUGGCGGGCAAGGACGGGAAAAGGAAAAACAGGGGAAAGGAAAAAACAGGACGUGGACUUUCACAGCGGAGCAGGACGGCACGGCACGACCCGGCAACGGUCUUCGCUGGUUUAUGCAUGGACCACGGCGGACGGGCGGAGGUAUACAUGGAUUGACCUCGUCAAGAUGUGAUGCAAUACGCCGGAUUAGGGUACUAAUCAAGCUCCCUUUUGAGCGCUUCUUUUUUUCUUUUUUGGUAAUGGGGGUCUUUUAAUUACCAUUGGGGCACACAUUUCCCUUCCUUCUUUUCAUUAUCUUCUCCGAUUAGGGAGCAUCGGCGACGUUAUUAAGAUUCAAAAACUCGAGGAGGGUUCCUUAUAAAAGAUAAGGUUUUUGACAUUAAA